UGGUGGUAAUAGCUCUAGCUCCUCAUAUGGAGGUGGCAAAAACAAGAAUACGUCUACUAUGAAGAGGCCAAUCAUUUGCUGUGCUUCAGUCAGAGUGGGUGAUGCACAGCCAGGCUCUUGUUAGCACUAACCGCCUCUGAGCCUGCAGCUACACUCACUGCUGGCAAUGCAGGAUGGGGGGCAGAGAGGCAGUCCCACUGUGUGCACAUGACUGCGCAGUGUUGUGUCAGAAGGAGAGAUGAGAAACGCAUUGAGAGCAGGGGCUUGAUGCAGAACAGCCAGUGCUGAAGAGAGAAACAGUGGAUUUACAAGAGGAGAGAGUGAAAGACAGAUGGACAGCAGCAGGCAGUGAGGUGGGCCCGACACAGAAUUGGUAGCUUGGCAGAGAGCUGCAGUCAAGGGCUGCAUUACAAACAGAACAAACGAAGUUAAACGGAGACCUGCCAGCCUGCUGACCACUUGUCCCUCUCAGGCGAUACUGGGAGAAGCGUUGACACAGCUGAGCAAGUUGCUAUAGCAGUGUGGACGACACAGUAGGACUCUAUUUUUGGGCCUGCUGUCAGAAGACGAUGUCACCUCGCAUGCUUGGAAGUGUUGGUCAGGGGGAACAGGUUGCUUGAUGUGGGCUCCAAAAGUAUGUCAGUGGUGGAUAAUGACGAGGAAUCUACUCACAGACUCUACUUCAUAUCUGCAUCUUUCCAGCGCUCCAACAGCCAUGACAAAGUGCGGAAGAUAGUGGCAGAAGAGGGCCGCGCUGCCCGAAACCUCAUUGCCUGGAGUGUACCUCUGGAGAACAAAGAGGAGGAAGCAAAAACUAAAAUCAACUCCAGUGGCAGUUCCAGAGUUCAAAGAAACAAUUCUGCUCAACAGAAGAAUAAGAAACAGAUCUUGGUGUUGAUUUCCAAGAAUGCCAAUGUGGAACACAAAGUCUCCGUUGGUGCCUUGUUGGACAAGGGACCAGAAAAGAGCCCCAUCAAAGUCAAACAUCCCCGCAAAGUGGAUCUUCGAGCACACUACUGGGCUUUCCUCUUUGACAACUUGCGUCGAGCCGUUGACCAGAUUUAUGUCACGUGUGAAUCUGAUCAGAGCGUGGUAGAAUGCAAGGAGGUUUUGAUGAUGUUGAACAACUAUGUGCGGGACUUCAAAGCUCUCAUCGACUGGAUCCAGCUUCAGGAGAAGCUGGAGAAAACAGACGCUCAGAACAGACCCACCUCUUUAGCCUGGGAGUUGCGAAAGAUGUCACCAGGACGUCAUGUGAUGCCAAGCUCCUCAGGAGACAGAGUGGUUCCAUCUCCAGGUGCAUGUCGUAGCUUAAACUUUGGCGGUCCACCACCUACAGCCCGACACACCCACACAGGCCCAAGCUGGGCAGACCGUGUUAAGUGCUCUCAGUCCGUGCCCAUCUCCACUCAAAUAACCACAUGUCCAACAGAAAAACCAAGUAUAAAAGAUGCCGAGGGCUGGGAGACGGUCCAGCGAGGACGCACUGCCAAGCCUCGCUCUGCAACCAUGGUUGCCAAGGUCAGUCCUGUUUUGACUCAUGUCACCCCAAAGCCAUCCAACUCCAAAGAAAAACAACCACAUCUGCCCCCACGGGAACAAGAACAGCUCCAACCUCAGCAGUGUUCCCUGGACAAGAACUCGACCCAGGCAGAGACAGAGCAGCAGGUCCCCAUGACCCCUCACCCCCAGGAGAGCGUGCAACAUCCAGAAAAUGGACACAUGAUGGAGCCCCCAGCAGAGAGUGUGCAGGACACAGGGCAGUGUGAAGAUGUGCCUCCCCCCUCAGCCACUCAAACCCUUUUCCAAACACCAGAGUCAGUCCCAUCCUCUGCCUCAGAUCUUCCUCAGUCCUUAUCAGUCCCGUCCUCUUCUCCUGACUGCUGCUCAACCCCAGAUCUGCCCCAGACGGACGAGCCUGUUGCAGCCUUGGUCUUGGGGGACCCUAGAGCAGAGGGGGGCACGUCACAGGGCACCACUACAUCUGCUCCAGGACAGGCCGAGACUCCCGUGGCAGCGGUGAAACUGGAGAGUUUGCUGGACCCCACAGAGCUUUCUACUCCUCAAUCCAUGGCAGAGGUUCUGGCCAAGAAAGAGGAGCUCGCUGACAGACUGGAGAAGGCCAAUGAGGAGGCGAUUGCUAGUGCAAUUGCUGAGGAAGAACAACUGACCCGAGAGAUUCAGGCAGAGAACAACGACCUGGAGACGGACAACGAAAGUGAAUUCUCAACAUCCAUUGGCAAUGGAGGUUAUGGAGUUCAUGCAGAUUGGAGUGACAUGCUGGCAGAUUAUGACGCUCGAGAGCUGUGGCGUCAGAGCACUUCAUGGGGCGACAUGGUGGAGGAAGAACCUGCUCGGCCUCCAGGACAUGGAAUACACAUGCAUGAGAAACUGUCUUCGCCCUCACGUAAAAGAACGAUCGCAGAGUCAAAGAAGAUACAUGAGGAGAAACAGCUGAAGGCACAGCAGCUGAGGGACAAACUUCGUGAAGAAAAGACCCUGAAAAUGCAGAAGCUCUUGGAGAGGGAGAAGGAGGUGAGGAAAUGGAAGGAGGAGUUGUUGGAGCAGCGACGGCGGAUGAUGGAAGAAAAGCUGUUACAUGCAGAGUUUAAGCGGGAGCUGCAGCUCCAGGCUAUUGUGAAAAAAGCACAAGAAGAAGAGGCCAAGGUGAAUGAAAUUGCAUUCAUUAACACUCUUGAAGCACAAAAUAAGAGACACGACGCCUUGGCAAAGUUAAAUGAGUAUGAGCAGCGUCUUAAUGAGCUGCAGGAGGACAGACAGAGAAGACAGGAGGAGAAGCAGGCCAGAGAUGAGGCAGUGCAGGAGCGCAAACGCGUCCUGGAAGCCGAGCGGCAGGCAAGAGUGGAGGAACUACUGAUGCGAAGGAAGGAGCAGGAUGCUCGUAUUGAACAGCAAAGGCAAGAAAAGGAGAAGGCGAGAGAGGAUGCAGCACGAGAGAGGGCCAGAGAUCGUGAGGAGCGUCUGGCUGCUCUUAGCGCUGCUCAACAGGAGGCCAUGGAGGAGCUGCAGAAGAAAAUUCAGAUGAAGCACGAUGAAAGCAGCCGUCGGCACAUGGAGCAGAUUGAGCAGAGGAAAGAGAAAGCCGCUGAGCUCAGCAGCGGUCGACAUGCAAACACAGACUACGCCCCAAAACUGACACCAUACGAGCGAAAGAAACAUUGCUCUCUGUGUACUGUGGUGAUCACCUCAGAGGUGCACCUGUUCAGCCACAUCAAGGGCAAAAAGCACCAACAGGCCGUGAGAGACAGUAGCAGCAUCCAGGGACGGGAGCUCUCUGAUGAGGAAGUGGAACAUCUUUCUCUGAAGAAAUACAUCGUUGACAUCAUGACCGAAAAUUCAGUACCUGUAGACACUGUAAACCAUGUGGAAGAAAGACAAAAGGCACGAAAGAAGGUGAAAAAACUCCGGGCCAGGAUGACUUCCAGGGGGAAGGAAUAUGAGACGUCGAUGGAGGUGAAAACACAGUUCCCUGACUCUCCAUACAAGGCCAAGUUGCAGCGCCUGUUAAAGCAGCUGCAGAGCCAAGACAGUGGCCAGUGGGUCACCAACAAAGUGUCCAGUCUGGAAAGAAUUCUAGGGGAGAUCUCUCGCAUCUUGGAGAAACAGAACAAUGCCGACCAAAUUGCCUUCCGAGUGGGCGGCGGCCUCCUGGCUCUGGAACAAAUUCUGAAUGUCAUCACCACUGCUUCCACACCCACUGCAGUUCCUCGUAUUCCACUCAAAUCGCUGUGUGCUGCUGUAAACACCUACUACCUGGCAUGUUCCUGCUGCCCCCUCAACUGUGCCUAUGUGCUGCUUAGCAACAAGAUAAUGCUGCUCAUUGACCUGCUGAUGCAUCAGCUUACACUCUACGUCCCAGAUGAGGACAAACCCAUCUUUGGACGCACAUUAAACAAACAGGUAUUUGAAGGUUUGACAACAUGCCUGCUGCAAACCAUCGCUACCAUUCUGGAGUCGCUUUGGCUACAUCUCUUAGAAUUAGGACAAGAAGAAAACACACGGAUUUCCUCCCUGGAAGACAAGGUCAAGCUUACCAAUGAGUCCUUCAACAACCGCACACAAGACCUCAUCAGCUACAUAGUAAACAUCGGUCUGAUCGACAAACUCUAUGGAUGCUUCCUGUCAAUUCAGAGUCCUGUAGAUGAGCAUCCAAAGAUAUCUGCGUUUCUCCAGCAUGCCUCAGCACUGCUGCACAACAUAUGCAAACUUUGUUUUACGUCAACUGGACGUGCACCCAACAUAUUUGACAAUAGACAUCAGGAUCCGACUGGAAUGACAGCCUUGUUGCAGUCAACAGACCUGGUGGGAGUGGUGCACACACUCUAUUGCAUCCUGCUGCACAGCUUUUUGCCAGAGUCUGCUUCUCAAAGCCAGGAACCCUAUGGCCCCGGGGUUGUCCAGGUGGCUCUGCAAGGCAUCCGUUUCCUCAACAGUUUUGCCCUACUUGACCUAUGUGCCUUCCAGUCUAUUCUCGGAGCCGAAGGCCUGUCACUGGCUUUCCGACACAUCGUCAGCUCUCUUCUGUGGUACUGCUCCCAGCACUCCGCUGAAGAGCUGCUGCAUGAGGUCAUCAUCUGUGUUGGAUACUUCACUGUCAACCAUGCUGGCAACCAGGUGAUAGUGCAGUCUGGCCGCCAGCCCAGCGUGCUGCAGAAACUGUGUCAGCUGCCCUUCCCUUACUUCAGCCAGCAGCACCUGGUCCAAGUGCUGUUCCCCUCCCUCAUCUCAGGCUGCUACAACAACUCCCAGAACAAGAUCAUCCUGCAGCAGGAGAUGAGCUGCACACUGCUGGCUACAUUCAUCCAGGACUGUGCAACAAAUGAGAAAACCUUGAAGCAGACAAAGCAAAUGGUUUCAGCGCCACAGUACUACAGCGACAUGUCCUACCGUUUUCCCCGGGAUCAGUGGGACUCAGCGCUGCAGUUUUUCCUAAAGGAACAGGAGUAAAAACCAAGUGAAAUGGUUUUUUUUUUUCUCACUUCACUGGCAGUAUCCAAGCACAGCAUAAACACUUCAAAUGGGGGAAGAAGGUGGUGCACCAGUGUUACUUUUCUGAAUGAAAUGAAAGACUGCUCCUGAGAACACAAGCUGUUCUGGUCGGGUGAAAGACUGUGAAGUUUUUUGUUUGUUUUUUUUCUACGUCAAUGCAUCUGUUUAGACUCCUCUGAAUUCACUUUGUUAUAGGAUUAAUGGAAUUUGCACAUAACUGUCUUAUUUGUUCAGUGCGGUCGGAGCACACGCACAAAACGGUCCGUGGACUGUCCUGACAUGCCGAGUGUUUCCUCUGUAGGCAGAAACUGACACCUUCUUCAGCUGUGACACCGUAGUUCCUGCAACUUCUUGCCAACCAUUUAUACUCCGUAACGGUUUGUGUUGAAUCACUGCGUUUAUUCCAGUUUUGAUUGUUAAUAAUGACAGGAUGUUGUGUGCAGUACGGAUAAAAGAAACAAGAUGACCUGCUCUGGUUUCACAUGUCUUCAGUUAUGUUCUCUUUUUUUUUAUUCUCUGUUUAAAGAGGCACUUCAAAUUAUUAUAAUUUAUUGAGUUAUUUACUAUGUAAAAUUAUAUAAAUCUCGUAUGAUGUAUUGUUCUUUAGUUUGUUUGUUCUAUUGUUGAAGUAAAAGCAGGCAUCGAUGCUU